AUGGAAGGGAAAUCACGGAAGUGUCUAGAAGCCAACGUCGUCCGUGCAGGGGAAGUCAGGACAGGUCUAAACCCUGCCCCCUGCCUCCUGCAGUCUACCUACAGCCUGCUGAUGACCUUAUUUGAGCUGGCUAGGAACCCCAAAGUGCAGCAGGCCCUGCGUCAGGAGAUCCUGGAAUAUGAGACUGCGAUCUCUGAAAAGCCCCAGAGGAUAAUCUCAGAGCUGCCCCUGCUGCAGGCAACCCUUAAGGAGAUCUUGAGGCUGUACCCAGUAGGUGUCACUCUGGACAGAGUGUUGACAUCAGACGUGGUUCUGCACAACUACCACAUUCCAGCUGGGACACUGGUCAUGCUGUCUCUUUAUUCCCUGGGUCGAAGUCCUACUACAUUUACAAGACCUGAGCGCUAUCACCCCCAACACUGGUUGGAAAGGAAGGAGCCCAGCUCCCGGCUAUUCAGCUUGAUGUUCAGCUUUGGCUUGUGCCAGUGUGUGGGCAGGCACCUGGCCAACACAGAGAUCUUGCUCCUUGCUGAAACCUUCCUGUUGGAGAAAAUAAUGCAUAUGAAUCCUAAAAUGGUAUUCCACUUCAUGUUAAUGCCCUCCACCUUCCCUCUCCUGACCUUGAAGGCCAUCAAAGAAAUGGUGAGCAUAGUCUGGUGGUUGCAGGUGACCAACGGGGAGAAUCUAGAAGAAGAAGGUACCCUAGCCAAGCACAAUCUCAUGAUCAAAUGA